UCUUAAAUACACCGCCCCGCCCCCCGAGGGUGAGAGGCCGCGGCGUGACGUCACAGACAACGCGGAAGCGAACGGAAGCCAAAGGCGCAGCCCUGCAAGUACUUCUCACUCCCGCCGCCACUGCUGGCGAAGGGCCUCCACGAGUGGCCACUAUAGAGACCCCCCACCCCACCACUGCCUCUGCUGACUUGGCCUACUUUUCCAGAACAAACGUGAUAAUCGGAGGUGCGACCCGAGGCGUCAUGGCCGGUGCCAAGUACCAGCCGCUGUCCUUCCAGUCCGUGUUCACCUACACCAGCCCGGACUCCACUAAGGGCACCAGCCUCAACCAGGACUACGACUGCGAUGAGGCCGAGGGCGUCGAAUCAUGGCUGUCGUGGUUCUGCUCGCUGGUCAUCACGUCCCUGACGUUCGUCUUCAUGGUGCUCACCUUCCCGCUCUCCGUGUGGUUCUGCCUCAAGAUUGUGCCGCAGCACGAGCGCAUCGGGGUGUUCCGCCUGGGGAGGCUGCGCGCCCCGCUGGGGCCCGGCGUCGCGCUCGUGCUGCCCUGCAUCGACCGCUGGCGCCGAUGGACACGCGCCCAGCGCGCGUUCAACGUUCCUCCCUGCAGGGUGCGUCGCUCCUCGCACCCCCCCCCCCUCCCUCGCCCGGUCCCCGUCCCCGCCGCCGCGGUGGGCCCGAACGACAGCUCGGCCAAGCCCGUCGCUGAUGCGGUUGCUAGGUGCGGGCCGGAGUCGCACGACUUGUCAGUUGUUAUAGAGGUUUGGCAGGCAAUGUGCGGUCACGUGACACGCACGCAAGGCGUGUGGAUGGGCGUCGGGCCUUACCGCUGUUGCGUGCUACAGCGCAGCUUGAUAUUAUUUCUUGUUUCCCACCCGAUUUAUUUAAUGUUGUUGAAGUUUGUGCGCUGCUUUCAACGCGAUGACACGGGACGGCGCGCUGGUGUCGGUGGGGCGCCGACGUGCGCGUGCGCUGUGCACUGCCCCGUGCUCCUGCUCACCGCGGCGCAGGACGUGAACCGCUCGUCGCGCAGCGCGGCGCACACGGCGCUCGCCUCGCUGCUUGCCCGCCACUCGCUGCACGAGCUGCAGAGCGAGAGCGCCAAGAUGGGCCAGACGAGCUCGCGGAAUAACCAGGGCUGUCUGCAUGAUUCGAACCGCGAACCUCUGCAACAGCCACUGGAGGUGACCAAGGUGACGGAGCCGUGGGGCCUGGAGGUGGAACGCGUGGAGCUGGCGCUGGAGGCCGUGCUGUGCUCGCCUGGGCGCGACCGGCCUCUCUCUCCGCCGCCGCUGCCUGCCGCCGUGCGUGCCGGGCCUCACUCCCGAGGCGUGGGGAGCGCUGGCCGGCCCGGUGCAAACGAUCCUGGGCGGCGUGAUGGCGAUGAGCGACCGGCAGGCGGCAGGGCGCGACGCGCUGCUGGCGGCCGUCGGGCCCCUCCUGUGCGAGUCGCUGGUGGAGAGGGUGGGCGCCGUCUACCGCUUCGCGACGUGCAGUGUCGUGACGGCUCCUGCCGGACCUACCACCUGGACCUCAAGACCGGAUCGGGGGUCGUGGGACGAGGGCCCCCCCCUGCGGCGGCCCAGCCUCCCGACACGGUGCUGGAGAUGACGGAGCGCGACCUGGUGGCCGUAAUAAGCGGGGAGCUGCGUCCGCUCACCGCUUACAUGAGCGGUCGACUCCGCAUCAGCGGAGACCUAGGAGCCGCCACGCGCCUCGAGGAGGUGGCCAAGGCGGCCUGCCACCUCUAGUCACCCGGGCGGCCUGCUACCCCGAGCUACCCGGGAACACCCCCAGCUGAGCCAACCCCACCCAGGGCCACCCCCACUCGGGUGCCACCCCCACCCUGGUGCCACCCCCAGGUUGGCCACCCACACCCAGGCCAUUCCAGCUGGGGCCACACCACCUGGGGCCAUGCAGUAGACUCACCUGUAGACACUGUCAGCCGUAGACACUCUCACCUGUAGAAACUCUCACAGUGACAUCACCCGCGCCGCAUGCAAGCCCGCUCACCGCCCUGGUUCACUACGGCUCUCGUUCUUUUCCCUGGCCCCGUACGCGCUCGUCCGUCUGGUGAGAGUUGCGGAGAGUCUUCCGCUUGGUUUGGGGUCCGACACGGGAGCUGUUUUGAUCACAUCUUCCUUGAAUGAUUGUGGUGUACCCCUACAAUGGCUUAGGUUCAUAAUUAUUAAAUGUAGUUAAUUUAUAUUUGCGCCAUUUUUAUAGUGCAAAGGCUAUGGUGAUGUGCCUUCUCGCAGACGAGUAGAGUCCGUCAGCAGGGAGGGACAUUGCGAUGUGAGUUUUGCCCAAUUUAAAGUGAACGUAAUAUUCACAAUUCGGCAAAUUUGGAUGGCGACGACCGGCACGCGUGGCCUCCCACUCUGUUAUGAAUGACAUCGCGGGAUCUUAAAAAUCAAGUGUGAAGCGGGCAGCGCGUAGCAUUCAAGAACGCAUGCUGCAGUGUUAACCAGGACGGCCGCUCGCCUCGAACCGCUGCGAUGGAGGUUCGACGGCACCACCGCUGGGCCACGGCCAUUGCCGUCCCGGGUGUUGUGUGUUUAACUCUAUUUAUUUAUCCGUGGGCGGGGGGGUUCGCUUGUAAAUUUUUGUUCCGCAGUGGCGCUUAAGCACGUGCGUUACAACUUCAGCAACGAGCCUUCGCGUGGAGUUUUAAAAUUAUUUUUAUUUAAAGCUCGUCUUUUGAUAUUUUGCUGUGCGAAGGUCAGACAGGGCUGUCUUUCUCACCCAGGGCAUCGUGUGCAUCUUGAAUCAAAAAUGCUCAUGGCAGUCACAUAAUCUGUUACUGUUUUUUUAAUGAAACGUUCCAUAAAUUCUUCCAUGUCAAAAA